GUGAGCAUUUUGCUAUGACUGCUGUCCCCUCGUGGAGCCAGGACUGCCCUGCUACCACAGCCACGCCAGACUCCCACCCUGCCCUGCCCGCCCUUGGCCAAGUCACCAUGGGCAGCGUCAGCAGCCUCCUCUCUGGCCACAGCUUCCACGGCAAGCACUGCCGGGCUUCCCAGUACAAGCUGCGCAAAUCCUCCCACCUCAAGAAACUCAACCGGUACUCUGAUGGGCUGCUGAGAUUCGGCUUCUCACAGGAUUCAGGUCAUGGCAAGUCCAGCUCCAAAAUGGGCAAGAGUGAAGACUUCUUCUACAUCAAGGUCAGCCAGAAGGCCCGGGGCUCCCACCGCCCAGAUUACACAGCACUGUCCAGUGGUGACCUAAGGGGCCAGGCUGGAGUGGACUUUGACCCGUCCACCCCACCCAAGCUCAUGCCCUUCUCCAAUCAGCUAGAAAUGGGCUCAGAGAAGGGUGCAGGGAGGCCGACAGCCUUCAAGCCUGUGCUGCCGCGGUCGGGAACCAUCCUGCACUCCUCCCCUGAGAGUGCAGGGCACCAGCUGCACCCCGCCCCUCCCGACAAGCCCCGGGAGCAGGAGCUGAAGCCCAGCCUGUGCUCUGGGGCGCUGUCGGACUCCGGCCGCAACUCCAUGUCCAGCCUGCCCACGCACAGCACCAGCAGCAGCUACCAGCUGGACCCAGUGGUCACCCCCAUGGGACCCUCCAGCCGCUUUGGGGGCUCAGCCCACAACAUCAUGCAGGGCAUCGUCCCCCAGGACAGCAACAUGAUGAGCCUGAAGGCUCUGUCUUUCUCCGACGGGGGCAGCAAGCUGGCCCACCCGGGCAAGACGGAUAAGGGCGCCUCGUGUGUCCGCUCCCCCAUCUCCACGGAUGAGUGCACCAUCCAGGAGCUGGAGCAGAAGCUUCUGGAGAGGGAGGACGCAUUGCAGAAGGUGCAGCGCAGCUUCGAGGAGAAGGAGCUCACCUCUAGCCAGGCCUGCGAGGAGCGCCAGCGUUGCGGCAGGGAUGAGCCAGAGGGCCCAGAGUCCAGGUGCCCCAGCAAGCUGAAGCAGGCCUCGCAGAAGAGCCAGCGCGCUCAGCAGCUGCUGCAUCUGCAGGUCCUGCAGCUCCAGCAGGAGAAGCGGCAGCUCCGGCAGGAGCUCGAGAGCCUCAUGAAGGAACAGGACCUGCUGGAGACCAAGCUCAGGUCCUAUGAGCGGGAGAAGACCAGCUUUGCUCCUGCGCUGGAGGAGACCCAGUGGGAGGUGUGUCAGAAGUCAGGCGAGAUCUCUCUCCUAAAGCAGCAGCUCAAGGAGUCCCAGACGGAGGUGAACGCCAAAGCCAGUGAGAUCCUCAGUCUGAAGGCACAGUUGAAGGACACACGGGGCAAGCUGGAGGGCAUGGAGCUCAAGACGCAGGAGCUGGAGAGCGCCCUGCGCACCAAGGGUCUGGAGCUGGAGGUCUGCGAGAAUGAGCUGCAGCGGAAGAAGAACGAGUCGGAGCUGCUGCGAGAGAAGGUGAACCUGCUGGAGCAGGAGCUGCGGGAGCUGCGGGCCCAGGCCGCCCUGCAGCGGGAAGGCGCGUCCCUGGGGCCGGUGUCCCUGGGGCCAGGGCUCGCCUUCUCUGAGGACAUCCCUGCCCUGCAGCGGGAGUUGGAGCGGCUGCGGGCUGAGCUGAGGGAGGAACGCCAGGGCCACGACCAGAUGUCCUCGGGCUUCCAGCAUGAGCGGCUGGUGUGGAGGGAGGAGAAAGAGAAGGUGAUCCAGUAUCAGAAGCAGCUGCAGCAGAGCUACCUGGCCAUGUACCAGCGGAACCAGCGCCUGGAGAAGGCCCUGCAGCAGCUGGCCCGUGGGGAUGGUGCGGGGGAGCCUUUCGAGAUUGACCUGGGCGGGGGUGACAUCCCCUACGAGGACAUCAUAGCCACUGAGAUCUGAGGGCCUGGCCAGGGGGGAAGGGCUGGGGACCUGGCGCUGGCAGGCAGGGGUGCCCAGGGGCGGCUUUCCUCCCCGGCUCCCUUGCUCAGCACUUUAGCCCCCCUGAGAGAACAACCCCUGGGGCACGGACCCAGGAGCCUGGAGUGGAGGGCACGGCUUGCAAGACGGCCUUCCUCCCUUUCCCAUGUCCCAGUGCUCAGCAACCCUGCAGCCCACAGGACCUCAGGCUGCCGCCUCUGGCUUUCCCAAGAGUUGGAUCUGUGAUCUCCAUGCGUUGGUGAAGGGCUCCCUAAACCUUGGCGUUUGUUCAAAACGUUUAGGGACCCCAGGGAAGGAGGUGACUGUGUGAAGUUCAAAUGGCCACACGAGGACAGAAGCCCUCUUACCUUUGACAUCCCUAAACCUUCUUACCCCUGGACACAUUGGGUUGCCUUUGGAAUAGAAAGAAGCCAUUUGUGACCAGCAGCCUUGGAACGUGGCCCUGUUGUAAACUUGGUUCUUUCCUCCUCCAGCCACCAGCAAGCUGCAGGGCUUGGAGUGGGGCAUGAGACCCUGGCCUAGCAACAUUAGGGCUGGGAAGCCAUGCGGUGUCAAGAUCCCACAAGACCCAGGGGAGGGCAGAGGGAGAAGCUAUGUAGUAGAAGCAUUGGCAGGCAAUGGCCAGGUUUGGGGGCCAGUGUCUGCCUGCUGUUUUCUGCUAACUGAAGCUGAGCAACCUCUGGACAACUGGUGGCCUUCUACCUCAGUGGCCACUCUUCUUAAAGCCACAGACUCCAAGCCCCAGGGGUCGGUGCUGGGAAGGAAAGAUUGCAGGUGUCCUCCAUGUCGCAGAGGGUGUGGCUUUACAGCUCUCCCAGGGGGAGCCUCCUGAUCUUUUCAGCAAGGACUAGAGGCAUGGAUUUGCUGGCCUGGGUCAAAGUCAGCCAGCAGUUACUCUAGAAUGUUUUUUCUUCCCAAGAACAAAGCUUUUGCCUAGAUCCAGAGUAACCUAUAUCCGCUACAAUGGUGCACAUGUGAUCUGUGCACACUUGAGCAUCUUCAGUGCUAAAUUCUGUCAGGAGGAGCCCCCAGAACCCCAGGCAGGGAGAAUAAAGAGGCACACACAGCCUGUGAACAGC